AUGAGCGACGGCGGAACCGCACGGAACGAUGGAGCAAGAGACGUUGUGCAGGCGGACGCUAUGACGAUUGUCCAGCUUAGAAACGAGUUAAGACGACGAAAAUUGAGGACGACAGGCAACAAGGCUGAUCUGGUGGAGCGGUUUCGGGCGGCGGUGUUUCUCGAGGGUCAGGAAGACGGAGACGAGAGUAGCGACGACGGUGGUGUGCGCGGUCAGGUGGAUUGCGAGUCUGGUGAUGAGUCGGAGCUCAGUGAUGCGUCGGAGGAUGGCCGGAGGCAAGGGCCGUCGCAGGAGCCGUUACGGAAACGUGAGAGGUGUUUAUUGACAUUUAAAGACGUUGAAGAUGCUAUCGAUACAUUUAGCGGUGAUGAUGGCAAGAACGUUAAGCAGUGGAUCAGAGAUUUUGACGAAACAGCAAGCCUGUGUCAGUGGAACGACGUGCAAAAGACGAUAUAUGUAAGGAGACUUUUGCGUGGAUCAGCGAAGCUAUUCGUAAAGUAUGAAGCACGAGGGAAGACGUGGAAGGACAUCAGAACUGCCUUGAAGCGCGAGUUUUCCCAGAAGACCAAUAGCCACGAUGUACAUUUUCAAUUACAAAGGAGGAAGAAGAAAACGGAUGAGACGUAUCACGAAUACUGCUAUCAGAUGUUGGAAAUCGCCUCCAGGGCGAAAUUGGAAAUCAGCGCGGUAAUACAAUAUAUAAUAGAUGGUAUAGCGGACGAUGAGGUAAAUAAAAUUGUUUUGUACGGCGCGAGAAGUAUUUCGGACUUGAAACAUAAAUUAGAUAUAUACGAAAUAAUGAAAAUUAGAUCUAGGCAUUCCAAGACGGAGGAUCGGAAAAGGAAAUUUAUACGCGCGGAAAACGAUAGUAAGCAAAUUGAUAAACGGUGUUACAUUUGCGGCAAUAAAAAUCAUUUGAUCGCGGAAUGCCCGGUGAAGGGAAAAGGCGUUAAAUGUUUUCGAUGCGGCACACACGGACAUGUUGCUGCUAAAUGUCCUACGGUAGAGAACAAACAGACGAAUAAAGAAAAAAACUGUAACGCGACGCAGGGUGAGACAAAAAGUUGUUGUAAAACCGUUGCGAUAAACUCGGUCGAGUUAUCGGCUUUAAUCGACACCGGGAGUGACAUCAGUCUGAUGCGCGCGGAUUCUUAUGUUAAAAUCGGAGCGCCGGCGUUAAUUAAGAGGCAAAUGAAAUUUCGCGGUGUUGGCUCAGAUGAAAAUGUAACAUUAGGUGAAGUAUAUGUUAGCGUUUGUGUGGACGGAUGUUUUUUCGGCGUAACGUUUCACGUGGUCCCUGAUGCGCUGUUGCAGCACGCGAUUCUUAUCGGAACAGAUUUUUUAAAUAAUGUCGAGUUGCAAGUAAAAGAAGGUGUCGUUAAAAUUUCAAAAACUGCUGAAGCAUUUUCCGAAUUGCCUGCUGUAAACAGGAUCGACCUUGGCGAUGAAGUAAACGAUGUAAACAUAGAGCACAUUAUGGAUCGAGAGUGUAAAGACGAAAUAAGAGAAAUAAUAUCGAGUUAUAAACCCGAGAAAAUUCGAGACGUAGGUAUCGAGCUAAACAUUGUGCUGAAGGACGAGACUCCUGUAUACCAGCGUGCUCGUAGGCUGGCUGUACCCGAACAAAGGACGCUUGACGAACAAAUACACAGAUGGUUAGACGAGGGCAUUGUUCAACAAUCGUAUUCUGAUUAUGCCAGCCCGGUCGUGCUGGUUAAGAAAAAAAAUGGUGCUACGAGAGUAUGCGUUGAUUAUCGGAAACUUAAUGAGAAAAUAAUAAAAACGCGGUAUCCUUUACCAAUUAUAGAGGACCAGAUUGAUCGUUUGCGAGGAGCUAAAAUUUUUAGUACAAUAGACCUCGAGAAUGGUUUUUUUCAUGUUCGCGUGGCGGAUGAUAGUCGCAAAUAUACGGCAUUUAUAGUUCCAAACGGUCACUACGAGUUCUUGCGCAUGCCUUUCGGUUUAAGUACGUCGCCAGCAUAUUUUCAAAAAUACGUCAACGCAGUAUUUGCUGACUUAGUGGCGAAAAAUGUCGUGUCAAUAUAUAUGGAUGAUGUAGUGUAUAGAUACGCUACUGAGCGAGAAGCGUAA